AUGUAUGCCCGGAAGGCAUUGCCACAAGGCCCCUUCAUUCCGAGAGCUCCACUGUUCCUGGCGGCCUCUCCAGAUCUGAAAGGAUUCUGCCUGGCCCCCUCACCAUCCACCUCAGCACGGGCUCAGGGGGCGGCGCCGCCGCGGAGGCCCGGGCCUUCCACGCGGCUGGCGGAGAAGGCGGAGCCGGGGCUUCGCGCGCGGGAGCGGGGCCGAGCCCGGAAGGUGGCGUCCGCGUGCGGCAGUCGUGGGGGCCGCAGGGCGUCCUCGCUGGGCCGCAUCGCGGUGGUGGUGGACCAAGGAUCGGGCUUCACCAAAGCGGGCUUCGCGGGCGAGGACCGGCCGCGCCUGGUGCUGAAGAGCUCCAGCCUGGUGCCCAGCUGGGACCGGCCCGUGCUGCCCGGCGCGCCGGGCUGUGAGCUGGCGGGCGGGGUCGCGCGGGCGCACCCCAUCAAGCACGGCGUGGUGGUGGACUGGGAGGCGCUGGAGGGGCUGUGGGACCGCCUGCUGGUGGGCGGCUUGCGGGUGUGCCCGGAGCGGUGGCCCGUGCUGGUGAGCGACUCGCCGUCGGCGCCACCCGCGGGCCGGGAGAGGGUGGCUGAGCUGCUGUUCGAGGCCCUGGCAGUGCCCGCGUGCCACAUAGCCAGCACCGCGUUGUUGGCGCUCUGCUCCACGGGUGCGCUCAGCGGGCUGGCCGUGGAGGCAGGCGCGGGCGUCUGUCAUGCCACGCCCAUCUACGCGGGUCACUCCUGGCAGGAGGCCACCUUCCGGCUGGAGGUGGCAGGCAGCACCCUGUCGCGUUACCUACGGGAACUGCUGGUGGCAGCAUGCCCGAUCUUUCAGCUGCAGGCCCUGCCCCGCAAGACCAUCACACAGCUCAAGAAGCGCUGCUGCUAUGUGUCACUGGACUUUGAGGGUGACCUCCGUAACCCUGCCUGCCACCAUCCGGCCAGCUUCUGCUUAGGCAAUGGCUGCUCCAUCCACCUGAGCAGUGAGCGCUUCUGCUGCCCAGAACCCAUCUUCCAACCGGGUCUGCUAGGCCAGGCUGCACCAGGACUGCCUGCACUGGCCUUCCGGGCACUGCAGAAGGUGUCCACGACACUGAGGACACGGCUGGCCGACACAGUGGUGCUGGCUGGUGGCUCCACGCUCUUCCCUGGCUUUGCUGAGCGCCUAGACAUGGAGCUGGAGGCCCAGUGCCGGCGGCAUGGCUAUGGGGCCCUGCGGCCACGCCUGGUGGCCAAGCCCAAUCGUGGCAUGGCCGUGUGGACCGGUGGCUCCAUGGUGGCCUCACUGCAUUCUUUCCAGAGCUGCUGGAUGACUCGGGCCAUGUACCAGGAGUGCGGUUCCAGGCUGGUGCACCAAGUGUUCAACUGA